UCAACUGUGGUAGAAACCGAAGGAAGAGAGCAAAUUUGGAGGGAAAAUGGAGUUGCUGAAACUGUCGAGGCUCAAACUCCAGCUUCGUGCCCUAAUCUCCGAGGUCAAAGAUCUUCGAGAAAGAGAAAAAUCUGCUACGGAACAACUCCAUCUUUCAACCCAGAAGCAGAAGCAUUCGGAAGAGGAAUUUGGGAGGAAAUUGAAGGAAUUGGAAUCUGAAUUAGCUUCAUCUACUGAAGUACGCCAGAAAUUAGAAAGGAAGGUAAGUUAUCUCCAGAAUGAUCAUGCUUUACUUGAGAGCAAGCAAAAGGAGCUGAAUGGCACUAUACAAAGCCUUCUUCAAUCAAGGGAGCAAUUCGUAACUGCUUAUCAGGAAUCAACGUAUGAUAUGAAACGCUCUAUUGAAGAAAGAGAUCGGAAGCUCAAGUUUUUCUCAGAGAAGCUGAAGUCACACUUGUUACUGUUUGAUGCUAUAGAAAAGGAGGCAUCAUAUGUAAAGCAAGUUGUUGAUAGUGUGCGGCAUGUUGUCAAUGAAAAAGAGGAAGUCGUAAACAGCUUAAAAAGAAAGUUAGACAGACUUCCUGAAACCGAGAAGGCUCUUAUGGGAAAAAUAAAUGAAAUGGAAAAUAGGCUUGGGAUAUACAAGGAUGAGCUCCAGAGAAAAGAGAAGAUUAUUUCUGAGCUAGAAGCACAUAUUGAAGCACAGAGAAUUAGUAACAAAAAUCAAACACAAGUGGAAACUCUUCAGAAAACUCUAUCAAAGAAGGAAGCCAUUAUACAAAAUUUAAUAUCAGAGAAGCAGGCUUUGGAUUCUGAACUAAAGAGUUUAGGUGCUGUCUUGGAGAAGAUCCAGCAUGCUUUCAGAGAUGUGAAUGAGGACAAAGAAGCAUUUCUCUCAAUAAUUGAAAGCAAGGAAAAUUUUUGUACGAUUCCUAGAGAGGAAAUGAGAAGGACUGAAGAUUCUAAGGUUGACACGAGGAAGGAUGCUGAAUCUUUUGAAAAGCUUACUUCGGGAGGCUUUGCAAGUUGCACAGCAUCUUCACAACGUGAUCUGUGUGAUACAUACCCUUCCACAGAAAUGCAAGAAGCGAAUGUCCAGGAGUUCCAUGCAGAAGAGGCAAGUAAAUCUCUUGCAUAUAGGACUAUACAUGAAAUAGCUUUUUUCUUAUGUGGUAGUGUAGUACUGAAUUAUGAGGUAUCAUGUGAUGAAAUUGUAGCCUGCUUGCUCCACCAAGUCUAUUUCUUCUGGACCUGAAUCAAUUACUACUGCUCAAACCAAGCCCAUCAAUGAAGCAAAGUGUGUCUGCACAACCACAGCUUGCCAAGUGGACUCUGAGUGCUCUACCACUCAAGCAGAUACUUGAUAACCUCCUGGCUAAGUUCCAACUAAUGAUACCAUGGACGUAGCCUACCCUCUUAUCUGGCCUUGAAUUAGGGCAGAAUUGGGCUGAAAACCAUAAUACAUGAUACUCUCCAGGAAAAUUGGUGCAGGCAACUGCAUGCGGUGGAGUAUAAAUUUCUGAUAGCAGCGGCCAUCAAUAUCAGCCACCAGAUUUGUUGUAGUGCCUUUUUAAUGUCUUUUGGGGGGAUUGAGGUUUAAAUAUAUCAUCAGUAUAUGCAUCUCAGAAAUUGGCUGGACAUCAUUGUAACUUCAACUACUAUGACAUAAAUAGAUUGCCUGAUUUCAUGUCUA